UGGAACAUCUAUGUGAAGUAUGUGACAUUGGCUUUAGAUUUUGUAGGUGCGUUCGAGGUGAUCUGAAGGAAUUUGAUAAUUUUAUAACGUUGUAAUUACGUAGAAAAUAUUUGUUUUAAAGAAAACAGUAGAAAUGUCUGCGUGGAGACAAGCUGGAUUAAAUUAUAUAAAUUACUCGCAGAUAGCUGCCAGGCUUGUAAGGCAAGCAUUAAAACCUGAAUUAAGAACAGAAGCUCUAAAGCGUGAUGAGGCAAAUGUGAAAUUCACACAGUGGAAAGAUGGUAAACCUAUUACUGAAAAAUAGUAAUGAUGACACUUUAAAAUCCAUAAGUUAUGGUAUCACAGAUGAGCAAUGGAGUCGUUAUUUUUUAAACAUACAUAUGCACUUGCAUUUACAUUGUAUGUAACAAGAAGAACGGAAGCCAAAUAAAUUAGUAUUAUAUGGAAAUAGAAAA